AGGUUCUGUGGUGCGCUCGGUGCCGUGGACCCAAGCCUGCUCCCCCGGGGCUGAACGCCUCAGUCCCCGCGCCCCGAGGCUCCCCCGGCCCGGGCCCUGCGCGCGUGUGCUCCGCGGUGCUUUUCGCUCGGGGAGACUUUCUGCUGUUUGUUUCUUCCUCUCCCUUUGUUGCCCUGAAAGCCGGCCUUGCCACAGCCCCGCUCGAGAGCCGGGCUCGUGCAGAAGGCGACCGCAGUUCUCGGCGUCGACCCCUCCUGCGCGCACCCCGCCGCGCCCGCGCCGUCCCCGGGGAGCUCGCUGCGCCGUCCUUGAUGCACCCGUUCCAGUGGUGUAACGGGUGUUUCUGUGGCCUAGGACUGGUUAGUACCAACAAGUCCUGCUCAAUGCCACCCAUCAGUUUCCAAGACCUCCCACUCAACAUCUAUAUGGUCAUCUUCGGCACAGGCAUCUUUGUCUUCAUGCUCAGCCUCAUCUUCUGCUGCUAUUUUAUCAGCAAACUCCGGAAUCAGGCACAGAGUGAACGAUAUGGCUAUAAGGAGGUGGUGCUUAAAGGUGAUGCCAAGAAGCUACAGCUCUAUGGGCAGACCUGUGCUGUCUGUCUGGAGGACUUCAAGGGGAAGGAUGAGCUCGGCGUGCUCCCGUGCCAACACACCUUCCACCGGAAAUGCCUGGUGAAGUGGCUGGAGGUCCGUUGUGUGUGCCCGAUGUGCAACAAGCCCAUCGCUGGCCCCGCAGAAGCCACUCAGAGCAUCGGGAUCUUACUGGACGAGCUGGUGUGAGCGCUGAUGCUCUGCAGAGACAUGGAGAAGACCUUUUGUUCUUUGGGGGCCUGGUCCCUCUCACAGCCACAGUGAACAGAAAGACUUGGGUGGUGACAGUCACAUUCACCUGAAGGGGAGGGUGGCACAGGGCCUGUGUCCCAGACUGAGGAUGAGACCAGUGCCCAUCUUCCCACCUCCUGAAGCCGUUCCUGUCAUUCAGUACCCCUGGCCUCACCCAGCCAGACUUCUGUGCCCUGGUAUGGAACAUCUUCCUGCCUUGUCCCUACUUGGGAAGGAGUUGAGCCUCCACCCUCAGUUUUCCCGCUAGCUAAAAGGAUAACCCACAGGAGCUAGCAAGGAAAAGCUGGCUUUGCCCCACCUACAACCUCCACACCCCUCCAUUCCUCCAUAGGAAGGCUGGAGGGGAAAGAAGAAAAGAGCAGGAACCAGGCGCUGCCCCUGGGAGUGGAGAGCAGGGACCUCUGUGAGGAAACAGUCAAUGUUUACAUAGGACCUGGUGAAGCAGGCUGGCCAAAGGCUGGCUGCCUGCAGGGUCAGAGGGCUGCACCUGCCCCUGUGAUCUGAGGUGCUAUCUACCCUCCUUGCCUUCAUGCUCAGUUCAUCUAGGAGCUUCCUAUUUCCCGUUGGGGCUGGAGAGCUCCUCCCAGGGAAGGCCUGUCACGCACUCAGUUGCUUCCCAGGGGCUUUUUCUAAAGGAGUAAGAGGGACCGAGGGACAGGGUUGUUGGAGCUCACAGUAUAGACAGAUACCUGCUUCCCCCAUGUACAUAGUAUUUUAUACUUCAUCCUGACCAUCUCGGGCUUUAGGCGUGGGAUCCCCGGAAUGGAGGGGGUUGAGUCUUCCCUUCCUCCCCACAGUGGGGGAGAGUGGGAGAAGGAUAUGUAUUUAAAGAAAAUUAAAUUUAGUAACAAUUUUGUCUAACCAACUUUGCCUGUGGCUAUGGCUCUGCCUGUCAGCUUCUCUGAUAGCAGAGGGCGUCAAGUUCUCUCACUGCCUCUUUCUGCCUUCCCCUACCCACACCACACACAGAUAGAGUCUUGCUGCGUUGUCCAGGUCGGCCAUCUUGCCUGAGCCUCCUCAGCAGCUGGGCUUAUGGGUGUAGCUUCCACACGCAGAUGUUCUUAGCCUUCACCUUGAGCCAGGCAUGGUGGUGCACAUCCAUAAUCCCGCACUAGGGAGGCUCAGGCAGGUGGUGCAUUUGAGUUCAGAAGUUACACACCAGCCUGAGAACAUAGCAAGAGAUCCAUCUCCAAAUUUUAUUUUUUUAAUUGAUGGCAAUAGAUUAUUAUCUGUACAACAUAGUUCAAGACUAAUACUAAUGCACAGUAAAAGCUUAGCCAGCCUCAUCAGCUUUUUAGACAACAUUACAGUUAAUGUUUUCUAGCACAUCACUGCACUACAACUUGGAACUAAUAAAAUUCUACUUGUAAUUGUCAGUGCCUUUGCAACUAACAGGGUCCUGGUUGCUGCCAGGAAAGCCUGAUC